AUGAGCAUUAUAGCAACCAUGGAGCAAGUUUUGUCGCUCUAUUCGACUGGCAUCAAAGAAGGCUGGAUCAGCGCCAACGAGUCAUCUGGCAUUAUCCUCGCUGAUGGCUUCUUUCCGACCGAGAACGCGGCUAGUUUGUCGAAAUGGCGCGAUGCACUGUCAGACAUUGCAGCGAAUGUCUCGUCCGCCAAUUGUCUGGUGUUGGCGGCGAACCCAAUCGUAUCGACUUUGCUCCAGCAACACGAGGCCAGCGACAGCAGCGACGUUAUUUACCUCAGCCGUCGUCGUGGCAUGAUCAACACAAUUUCGAUCUUUGCUGACGCGAAGAGUGCCAUCGAUUUCUAUACCCACGCGAACAACAGCGUCCAAGCACCUUUACAGUUCGUCCUGCGCCAAGAGAGUACACUGGGCCUGUUCCACAGCAACCCGCGACUUCUCCGAAAUUUGGCGCGCGACAUUGAUGCUCGAAUCUUUCGCUUCCUUGCUGCUCGCAUGGGACAGCACAGCAUCACUUCCUCGAGCAAUCCGUCUUCAACAACGGUGCCGCCGGCGUUGCUCACAAGGUCAUCUUACAGCGAUAACAUCAGCGGCGGAGCAUUAACGCCGGCCUCAAUUUUCACUCAACACAGCCAACAGGUGCCGCAGCACUACUUUGUGCCCUCCCUGCGUGCUUACAAAAGUUCAUCAAGUCACAGCAUAGGCAACAACACUGGUUCUGAUGAUGAUGCCAGCAUCUUGGCCGAGAAACCCAUUCUUCCAAGUCCUGUGGUCACUGACGAUCCUAUCACCGGCGAAAAGAAGCUGCAGCAGGAUCGCAAAGUUCGUUACCUCGCUCCGCUCGUGACCGGCUUGGGCUUAGGCCUAAACGUCUUCAUGAUGUCUGGCUUUCUUGCUAAAAUCGUGAUUGAAACUUUAGUGGACGGCAACUACGCAAGAUUCGCCUUCAUCAUUCUAUUGCCGUUCUUCAUGUUGGUCUCGCAAUUCCUGUGGGAGAACUUGGCGGCGUGCUUAGCUCAAGUCUUAUUUCCCAUCCGACAAAUGCACGAGAACUCGUUGUACUACAGCGGCCAGGCUAGCGAGCCUCUUCCUCCGGACCACGUCCUGCCUCAGUUCACGAUCAACAUGCCCUGCUACAAGGAGGGCUUGUCGUCUGUCCUUGCUCCAAGCCUGGAAAGCGCUAUGGACGCCGUCCGUGCAUACCGCGCGGUUGGAGGCGUUGCCAACAUUGUGGUAUCUGAGGACGGUCUCCGUUUGCUACCUCGCGAAGAGGCCGAAGAGCGUAUUCGAUACUACAAUGCCAUGGGCGUCGGAUGGGUAGCACGUCCUCGCCACAGCAGCGAGCAAGGAGGCUAUGUGCGUAAAGGUCGUUUCAAGAAAGCAUCCAACCUCAACUUCACCUAUAACCUUUCUCUACGCACCGAGGAGAUUCUGGAAACUAGCAGUACCGACGGCGACCUUGAGCAACGAUAUAGCGAUGCACUUGCCCAGGCUGUCGAAGAGACCAACGGUCGUGUAUGGGCAUCUGGCAACAUCCGCAUCGGCGACUACAUUCUGCUGAUCGACUCAGACACACGCAUGCCGGUCGACUGCUUGAUCGAAGCUGCGGCUGAGAUGGAACGAUGUCCCGAAGUUGGCGCUCUGCAGCAUUGCUCCGGUGUGAUCUUGCGUCAAUUUCAGUAUCUCCUGGAUUUGCGCGAGAACGGAGCGAUGGCGCCGCUCAUGGGACACAAUGUUUUUCUGCGUUGGAAAGCUGUACAGGAGGUGUCCAAUCUGGACACCGAUGGCGAACGCACCUUCUUUUCGCCUCAUCACGUUUCUGAAGACUUCGAAAUGGCGCUGAAGUUGCAAAUGAAAGGCUACGUGAUUCGAUGGGCGACCUACUCGGACCAAGGCUUUACCGAAGGUGUCUCAUUCACACCCGAGGAUGAGACGGCACGCUUUCAAAAAUAUGCGUACGGCUGCUCAGAAAUCGUUUUUAACCCACUUCGGUAUUGGUUCACUCGCGGUCCACUCAGCAAGCUCUUUCGCACUUUUAUCGCAAGUGACGUCAAUACUUCGUACAAGAUCGCCACGCUCUCCUACCUGUCGACCUACUAUGCUUUGGCAAUCUCGUUCCCCGUGACGGUUGUCGUCUUUGUCAUCCAAGGCUUGUUCCUGCCGUACCUUGAUCCGAUUUUCCUGCCUUCCUUCGAUGUUCUUAUCACGGUCACGUUGAUAUUCACGCUCGCCGGAGGUCUGGGUCUGGUGACUGCUCGUGCUCGUUCUGGCCACGCCUCAUUUGGACGAGCUGCUUUGCAAGCGAUUGGUCAUGCGCCUGCAAUGGCAGUCUUUUUCAGCGGCCUCGCAUUCCACGUGAUGACGGCACUCGCAGCACACAUGUUUGGCUACAACAUGACAUGGGGCUCCACCAACAAGGAUUUCAAGCAAUCGUCGCUCAAAGAAGUGCUUCGUCGCUUCUGGACCGUGUACAUGGUCAUGAUUGCCUUUCUAGUCACUGUGGUUGUAGCUUCUUCUCCGCUUAUCCCACUCAAGUGGCGAGCUGAGUCAUUCCAGCUGCUCGUCCCGCCUGUCUUGUUGUGCUCUAUGCACAUCCUCUUUCCCAUCCUUCUUGAUCCUGGCGUGCUGGAAAAGUAUCUUCCCGACAUUGGCCAAAACGAAUUCGCCCUCAAACUCAAGUCAAAGCACCAAGCCUUUUUCCACACUGCAGGCCAGCGAGUCAAGAGCAGGUAUAUCACCCAUUUUUCCAACGCUGCUAGUCGGAACGACACGAGUGCGGUUGGCGUAUCACACCAGUCAGACGCAGCAUGCAGCGAAAAGGAUGCGCAGAUACGUCGCACUCCUUCAUUGUCGAGCAACACGUCACCAAAGCGGAAUCCCGCAGUUGCCGUAUAA